GCUUCUGGCUUCUCCGUGUGCUUCAGUCAGCGGCAGAUUCUCUUCCCCACUCUCAAUUCUAGGGUUUUCUCAGGUUAAUUCACGUUUCGGAGAAUGGCAGGUCGUGGGAAGACAUUGGGUUCUGGGUCGGCGAAGAAGGCGCAGUCCAGAAGCAGUAAGGCUGGGCUCCAAUUCCCGGUCGGUCGGAUUGCUCGAUUCCUAAAGGCCGGCAAGUACGCCGAGCGAGUCGGCGCCGGUGCGCCGGUCUAUCUCGCCGCGGUUCUGGAGUAUUUGGCUGCCGAGGUUUUGGAAUUGGCUGGAAAUGCUGCAAGAGACAACAAAAAGACGAGAAUCGUACCUAGGCACAUUCAGCUCGCUGUGAGGAACGACGAAGAACUCAGCAAAUUGCUCGGCGAUGUGACAAUAGCAAGCGGCGGCGUGAUGCCGAAUAUCCACAACCUGUUGCUCCCGAAGAAGACCGGCGGCGCUUCCAAGCCGGCCGCCGACGAGGAAGAUUAGAUUAGCUCAGUGCCUGUUGAUAGUUUACCCUUUCAGUUCUUUUGAAAAUUGAUUUCUAAAUAUAUAUUAGAUUUAGGGCUUACGCUAUAUUAGUUUGUUAUCCUAAGAGUGUGCUUUUCUUGGGUUCUUUUAUGUGUAGUUUCCCAUAAAAGCCACAUUCUUUAAGCAAUGAAAAUAUUGGGUAGCUAAUUUUCAGGUUGUGUUAUUCCCAUUUUUGUAACUGAUGUAGUUAAUUGGUUUAGGUUUUGAUCUAUCUAAGGUUGUUAUAUAAAGAAAUAA